GCACUUAAAAGAUGAGUACAUGUAAUGCUUAUUAUCCCAAUUGUACCUCUUAGUUACAUAAUAUUACUUUAAUUCAUUGGCACACAUUGGCACACAUUCUUCCCGAAAAGUGAUCCUCCAAAGUCCUUCAAGUCCCAUUCAUACAACUAAUACCCUUACAGCCUCAUAAUAGCUUACUAUCUUAGGUACUAUUGCAGGCGACGUCCUUGAAAGUCUACGGUGCGAGGCUUCAGUAUUUGCUUAUAGUUAGACAAUCAGUUCUUUAUCCUUGCAUGUUUAUGAAUUUCUCAUGAGCCUCCAUGCGAAAAAGGGCACGCCAUGUCUGAAGAGCUUCAGGAUGAGGUUGAGGCCAUCAAUUCGAUAUAUGGCGAAGGUUGCUUGGCACCGUCGAGCGAAGCCAAUGUGUAUGUUUUAUCACCACCCGGAGAAACAUCCUCUCUUCGUAUCGAGUUCCCCCCUACCUAUCCCGCAGUGCCUCCAGUUGUUCUAGGUACUAAUAGUACUGGCGAGCACGGAAAGCGUGGCGAUGCAGCCCGGGAAUUAUCUCUAUUCUGUCAGGCAGUGAGCACGGUUUACCAACCAGGGACUGUCUGCCUCUUCGAUGCAAUCGAGGAAUUAACUCGGCUUCUCGAGUCCGAGAUUCCAGAGGAGCCCCAACACGAGGAUACUUCCAAUGAAGAUGACGCAGAUCCUCAACUCUCCGCUAAAUCCGCAGUAGAUUCCAAACAGAUCAGCGUGCGAGAACCUCCCUGGAUUAUGUCAGAUGCAUUUGUUGAGUUGAAGUCGACUUUUGUCGCCCGGUGCGCCAAGGUCUCGUCAACUGAGGAAGCUGAGGCAUUUGUCCAGCAUCUUCUGUCCACUGACAAGAAAGUCCGAACUGCUACGCACAAUAUCACGGCAUGGCGCAUAAAGGGACCGAAUGGCACUACAUUUCAAGAUUGCGACGAUGACGGCGAGACUGCCGCUGGCAGCCGGGUCUUGCACCUUAUGCAGUUGAUGGACCUUUGGAACGUGAUGGUAAUUGUUACCCGAUGGUAUGGGGGGCAUAAACUUGGUCCUCGCCGGUUUGCCCUGAUUAACCAAACCGCCAGAGAUGCGUUUGUCAAAGCUGGUCUGGUUUCUGAAAAUCCGAACAAGAAGAAGGGACCGGGGAAGAGUUAAGAAUUAAAGAUACACGUGACGGUGCCAAGUAAACGUCUUGUCACACUGUGACUUGCACAGAUGCCUCGGUUCUCCACGCAUUCUUUGGAUGCUUGUUAUGACCGAGGAUCUCUUCUUCAACGGGUUUCUUCUCGCCCAACGUCUGGCGGCUUAAUGCCUACUAUCAUUCUCUAGGAACGUAAACGCUUCUCAACUUUGCAAGAAUUAAAAACUCAUCUAGUAGAUGCUGCCGCGGUUCAACAUUCUUAUCUAACACUAAGCAACUUAGCACUCGAAAGAAUGAUGC